AUGGCCAUGUGGCGCCUGCCGGCUGCCCUUCACCGAUGGGCCUGGCGGCUGCCGCCAGUGACCUUCAGCGUGCCGCUGUGGCGAAAGCAGGUUCCUUUAGCGAGGGCUCGCUUUUGCUCAACUGACGCUGGAACACAGGUGCCGUUGGAAGACACCCGCGCAACGGCUGAGGCUGAGAUCCCUCCCGAAGUGUCCGAACUCUUCGAAACCUUACGGGGCGAAGCACUUCGGAGACUGGACGACUUUCAGCCAAUCCACUUGUUCUCCUUGUGCUGGGCAUACUCCACUGCGCGUCUGUUGGACCAGGAGCUGCAGCGCAACAUCACCAAGGCGGCUUUGCGUCUGGGACGUGCCAAAGAUGCCACCCAGGCUGCCCAGGCGAAGGUUGAAGAGGAACAAUCCAUCGACGAGGACGCGGGUGAAAGUGAAACCCCUCGAGUCGUGAAGGCCACGGAGCAUUGGAUGGCCAUCAUGAAACCGGCGCAUUGGCAGGUCUCGGUGGAUGCCAAAGAGGCGUCCAGGAUGGCCAAUGCAUCACCCUUUGAGGAAGACGAGGAUAACGAGGAGGAGCCGGAAAAACCCAAGGUUCAGGCCUGGAUCCACAAACACAUGUCGCAGAAGUAUCCGAUCUGCACCGACGCCACGGAAGCCUUUGGACUCUUACAUCGCCUUGAUGCGCAGACCAGUGGCGUCCUUGUUUGCGCCAGGAGCUAUGAAGGUGCCUAUUGGUUGCGGCUCCAGUGGUGUCAAUAUGCGGUGGAUAAGGAGUAUGUUUGUGUGGUGCAUGGCUGGGUGGAUCGCAGUGAACGAGAGAUUCACAAACGCAUCCGAUGCUUGGUGAAGCCAUGGCGGAUCUUUCUGGGCCUACAUUUUGGUUCAUCGCUGGGCCGACCUCCCCAGCGGCCCGUGCGUCCGGUCCCCCGGGCGGUGCGGCUCGGUCCAAAACGCCAUGGCCAAAGCACAGGUGAGUUUGGCGGUGAUGGGCCCUUCUCAGUGACCCAGCUGUCUUCUUUGUGCAUCACCAGGUCCGGGAAGACCACAGUUCUUGGAAAACUGAGCGCUUCCCUGGAUGCAUUUGAUCCAGAAGCACAUCGGCAGGUCCAGGACUUGGCAUGGGAACUGGGACGUCCUGCCUACGCGCACGGCUGGAUGUUGGACCGCUUGCAAGACGAGAGAGAAUUGGGCUCUACUGUGCUGUCGAGCAUGCAGAGGUUUGAAUCCUCCAACUGUUCAUAUUGCGCCUUCGAUACCCCUGGACGCCAGGACCUCGCUCGAAACUACUUGAGCGUGAUGUCCUUGGCAGAUGUGGCCGUGCUGGUGGUGUCAGCUGCACAAGGCGAAUGGGAGGCAGCCGUUGAUAGUGGCACAGUCAAGGGCCUUGCACUGGACAGCUUCACGAUGGGCAUCAAGCACGUGGUGGUGUGGGUCACCAAGAUGGAUGACUACACCGUGCAAUUUGACUCUGCCAGAUAUGAGGAAAUCAAAAAAGCGAUGACCGCUUUCCUCAAGGAAGUGGGUUACAAACUCAAGGACCUGCCUGUAAUACCUGUGGCCGGACUUUCAGGUGAAAAUCUCACCUCCAAAUCCAGCGAGAUGCCAUGGUACGCAGGCCAUUCCGCUAUCGAAGCUUUAGACUCUCUCGGCGAGAUGAACCGUCCAGCCGAGAAGCCGUUGCGGCUACCGGUCCUCAAGGUCCACGAUGUCCCUGAUGUGGGCUGUGUCAUCGUGGGGCGUGUGGAGACUGGGUCGAUUAGACCUGGCAUCAAGGUGAUUUUCUCACCUAGCGGCCUGGUGGCGGAGGUGAAAUCGCUCCUCCGCGCGGGAAAGAAACUGAGCGAAGCCCAAGGGGGCGAUGUGGUGAGCGUCAACCUGAGUGGCGUCGAGGCUUGCGAGCUCCGCCGCGGCAUGGUGGCGAGUAACUCCUCGGACGUGGCGGCGGAUGCGGAGAGCUUCAUGGCACAGGUGGUGGUGUUCGACCACCCAGGGAUCCGCGCUGGCUACUGCCCAGCCAUCAUGGUGCAUACCAGCCAGGUGCCAUGUGAGUUCGAAGAACUCCUCAGCAGGGUGGACCGUAAGACGGGAAAUGACGCGGAAGCGCAUCCUGCAAGUGCGAAAUCCGGCGAGGUGGUCAAAGUGAAAAUGAGACCGAGAGGCCUGGUCUGCGUGGAAUCCUUCAGUGCUUAUCCACCACUAGGCCGCUUCGCGAUCCGCGACCAUGGAAAGACGGUGGGUGUUGGGGUCAUUAAAGAGGUGACCAAACGGUGCGGCCCGUACCGAAGCCUAGAAGUGAGAAUCAAUACUUCGAUUCCUGACCGAUGCCGCGGUCUGAUUCCGCGGACUUCGGAGUCCAGCGGUCAGAAAAAGACAACUCGUUGGGCUGCAACGGGCCGUUGGGCGAUGUGGCCGGGUGGAGUGGAGAAACGCAAGGCGCCCAACAGUCGACGUACGGUGUCCACCUUUUGCACGGUGGGGCCCAAUGGGAAGCCCUCCUUUACAGAGCUCUACACGCUGUCACAUCUGAAGCAUCCGGAGACACAGGAGCCCUACUCCUUGGUGGUCCUAAAGUUGCACACGGGUCGCACUCAUCAGAUUCGAGUGCACAUGCUUUCCAUCGGGCACCCUUUGGUGACUGACUCGAAGUAUGCCGAGGAACGCUUGGCUUCAGAUAGAAGCUGGUGCCCCCGCAACUUCCUUCACACCUAUCGUUUGGCGUUUCGCGAUGUCCCUAGCGAUCAAGAGCUGGAAGAACAUGGUUUCGGUGAAGUGCAGGAGUUGGUUACGCCAUUACCCAACGACUUGACCCAGACACUGCAAAGCUUGGAACCUGUGGACGAGAUCUCUCGAAAGCAUUGGGAGGACUGGUGUGCAGGAGAGGUUUCUCAUCUCCAAGCCUUCGAGAAAUAUUUGGAGGCAGCGCAGAACGCCUGA